GAUGUCAUCCAUCUUCACCCCACUUGUUUAAAUCAGGCGGAUUGGACCCCGCUCUCUUCUGCACACAUCCUGGUUUCUUCAUCCUCAAAUCAAUUCCUCUGCAAAAUGGCCCCCAAAGUACUUGUCGUUCUCACCUCGCAGGACAAGAUCCCUGCCAACGAUCACCCGACCGGAUGGUUCCUGCCUGAGUUCGCCCAUCCGUGGGAUGUCCUCCAGGGCAAGGUCGACAUGGUGAUUGCCUCGCCCAAGGGCGGCGAGGCCCCUCUAGACCCCGGUUCCGUCAAGAUGUUCGAGGGCGACCCCGUCUCGACCAAGUUCCUCAAGGAGCAGGAGUCGCUCUGGAAGAAGACCGAGAAGCUGUCCGACUUCACGGACCGCGUGGGUGAAUUCGACGCGAUCUUCUACGUCGGUGGUCAUGGCCCCAUGUACGACCUGCAUUACGAUGCCACCUCCCUCGGGCUGAUCCAGUCCUUCGCGGCCGCCAAGAAGCCCGUCGCCGCCGUCUGCCACGGUCCGACCGUCUUCGUGCGCGCCGUCACCCCCGACGGCACUCCCUUGCUGUCCAAGGCGACCGUCACCGGGUUCUCGAACGUCGAGGAGGACCAGGCACAAAUGACCUCGGUCAUGCCGUACAUGCUGGAGGACGAGCUGAACCGAGUGACGGGCGGCGGCUUCGUCAAGGCGGCGGAUCCCUGGGGCGAGAAGGUGGUUGUGUCGCAGACGGCGGGCACCGGCGCGACGCUGAUCACGGGGCAGAACCCGGCCAGUGCGACGGGCGUGGGGAAGGAGAUUCUGAAGGCGUUGGGACUGUAAUCAUUUGAUAGUAUUUAGUGUGCCCAAUAAUAGCUUCCAUUGACC